UUUGGCUUUCACUUAGAGUGAAAUGGGAACCCACAGGAAGGUUUCAGCAGAGAAGUAACAUUAUCCAAUUUAUCUUUAAAUGGAUCUGUCUCAGUGCAGUGCUGAUAGACUGAAAAGGAGCCAAGGGGGCUAUGGCAAGAAUCCAGGCAAGGAAUGACGGCUUGGACCAGGGUGCAGUGUGAAUGUGAUGAAAAGUAGUUGGAUUUUGGAUGUGUUUUGAAGGUAUAACUGAGAAAUUUUGCUUACUGAUUUGAAGUGGGAUGUGAGAUAGAGGAGACAAGAUUGACUCCAAGGAAUCUGGCCUGAAGAACUGGAAGAAUGAAGUUUCUACUAACUGGGAUAAGGUAUUUGUUUCAUUCCUGCUGAGAAACUUUGAGAACCAUAGACCCCCAAAACUGCUGAGUCACCCAGCAUCUGUGAAAGUUAGCAGCUGCCUCAGCUGAAUCUGUCUCCUGAAGAUAACGUGGAUUGUCUAUGGCUGGCGGGAUUCUGGGCCCAAGAGAGAAGCUUCUUCUUCUUUUUUUUUUUUUUGUCUCUGCCACAUAUUUAACGUUUUCUGUCAUCUCUAUCUGAAUUAGACCAGGCAGUUCCAAGUGACUUGCCACCCUUUCUGUCUUGUGGAUACAUUUUAUGUUGCCAGAUUCUAGAUCUUCAAGAAAAAAAUGGAGUACUUGCCAAAGGAAACUAUUAUGGAGAGCAGUGGGCCAAAGCUGUUGGAAACAGCUGAAGAGAUCCAAAAGAGGCGUCAGGAGGUGUUGGAUCGUUACAAGAGGUUCAAGGAGCUUGUUGCUGAGAGGGGUCAGAAGCUUGAAGAGUCCUAUUACUACCAGGUUUUCAGGCGGGAUGCAGAUGACUUGGAAAAGUGGAUCUUGGAGAAACUCAAGACUUUAGAGGAUAAAAGCUAUGAAGAGCGAGCUAACAUACAGGGAAAAUACCAGAAACAUGAAUCCUUUCAAGCAGAAGUGCAGGCAAAAUCAAAGGUCCUUCCUGAACUGGAAGAAAUCAGGGAAAGCCGUUUUCCUGAGGGGCAUUCUGCUCAUAAGGACACAAAGGAACAUCUGGAAGAACUGCGCCGCCUGUGGGAACUUCUCCUAGAGAUGACCCAGGAGAAAGGCUUCCUGCUGUUGCAGGUCCUGAGCCUACAGCAGUACUUACAGAAGUGUGCUGACAUCUUGGAGUGGAUUGGAGACAAGGAGGCUAUUGUAAAAUCAAAGGAGCUGGGUGAGGACUGGGAGCGCACAGAGGUUCUACGUAAGAAGUUCGAAGAAGUUCAAGCUGACCUAGAAGUUCUGAAGAGCAGAGUGGAUGAAGUGAACCAGUAUGCCAAUAAGUGUGCCGAGGAGAACCACCCUGAACUGCCUUUGAUUAAGUUAAAGCAGGAUGAGGUAAAUACUGCCUGGAAGCUUCUCCACAGUCUGGCUCUCCAGAGACAGAAAACCUUAUCCGAUGCUACAGACUUCCAGCGAUUUAAAAGGGAUGUGAAUGAAGCCAUCCAGUGGAUUGAGGAGAAAGAGCCUCUUCUCACCUCUGAGGACUAUGGCAAAGACCUUGUUAGUGCUGAGGCAUUGUUCCACAGUCACAAGGGACUUGAGAGGAACCUUGCAGUCAUGGAAGACAAGGUGAAGGAGUUAUGUGCCAAAGCAGACAAGCUGGAGGUCUCCCAUCCUUCGGAUGCACCCGAGAUCCAGCAGAUGAAAAGGGAUCUGGUCUCCAACUGGGAGCAUAUCCGUGCCGUGGCUACCAGCAGAUAUGCCAAGUUGCAGGCGUCUUAUGGGUACCAGAGGUUCUUAUCAGACUACGAUGAACUCUCAGGCUGGAUGGAGGAGAAGACUGCCCUGAUCAAUGCUGACGAGCUGCCUGUAGAUGUGGCUGGUGGGGAAGCCUUACUGGACAGGCACCAGCAGCAUAAGCAUGAGAUUGACUCUUACGAUGACCGAUUUCAAAACGCUGAUGAGACUGGUAAAGAACUUCUGGAUGCCAAUCACGAAGCCUCUGAGGAAGUUAAGGAAAAGAUGACAGCACUUGACAACAACUGGACUGCCCUGCUGGAACUGUGGGAAAAGCGUCAGCAUCAAUAUGAGCAGUGCUUGGAUUUGCACCUGUUCUACCGAGACAGUGAGCAAGUAGACAGUUGGAUGAGCAGACAAGAGGCCUUCCUGGAUAAUGAGGAUCUGGGAAACUCCCUGGGAAGUGUACAGGCUCUUCUUCAGAAGCAUGAUGACUUUGAGGAAGCUUUCACUGCUCAGGAAGAGAAGAUUACAAACUUAGACAAGACAGCAACGAAACUGAUUGACAGAGACCAUUAUGAUUCAGAGAAAAUUGCCGCUAUACGGGAUACGCUGUUGGCUCGGAGGGAUGCCCUACGUGAAAGAGCUGCCACUCGACGCAAAAUGCUAGAGGAUUCAUUGCUUCUGCAACAACUGUAUCAAGACUUAGAUGACCUAAAGAAUUGGAUCAACAAGAAGAAAAAGUUGGCAGAUGAUGAAGAUUACAAGGAUACACAGAAUUUGAAGAGCCGAGUACAAAAGCAACUAGUCUUUGAAAAGGAAUUGGCCGACAAUGAGUUCCUACUCAAAAAGCUAGAGAAAACUGGCCAGAAGAUGAUUGAGGAUGGUCACUAUGCCUCUGACAAUGUGGCUGCUCGUGUGAGAGAAGCUGUCAGCCUCUGGAAGGAGUUGUUGGAGGCUAUGGCACAGAAAGGGACGCAGUUGCAUGAAGCUAGCCAGCAGCUGCAAUUUGAAAAUAAUGCAGAAGACCUAAACCGCUGGCUGAAUGAGGUGGAGCAGCAAGUUACCUCUGAGGAUUAUGGGAAAGGCCUGGCAGAUGUCCAGAAUCUACUCAGGAAACAUGGCCUUCUGGAGUCAAAUGUGGCUGCUCGUCAGGGUCAGGUGGGCACCCUCACAAACCUGGCUGCAUAUUUUGAAGAAAUGGGUCACCCUGAUGCUGGGGACAUAAGGUCAAGGCAGGAGUCCUUGGUGUCCCGAUAUGAAGCCCUAAAACAACCUCUGGCCACACGGAAAAAGAAGCUCAUUGACCUCGUCAGCUUGCAGCAGAUCUGCAGAGACACUGAGGAUGAGGAGGCCUGGAUCCAGGAGACAGAACCUUCAGCUGCUUCCACCUACCUUGGUAAGAACCUGAUUGCCUCCCAGAAUCUCCUGAACAGGCACCAAGUUAUCUUGGCUGACAUUGCCAGCCAUGAGCCACACAUUCGAAUGAUAACAGAGAGAGGAAAUAAAAUGGUAGAGGAAGGACACUUUGCUUCAGAAGAUGUGGCCUCUAGAGUAAAGAGUUUGAAUGAGAAUAUGAAGUAUCUACAGGCUCGAGCUGCUAGGCGGCAGAAUGAUCUUGAGGCGAAUGUCCGGUUCCAGCAAUACUUGGCUGACCUGCGUGAAGCAGAAGCAUGGAUUAGAGAGAAGGAGCCCAUUGUGAACAAUACUAACUAUGGGGCUGAUGAAGAAGCAGCUGGGGAUCUUCUAAAGAAGCAUGAGGCCUUCCUAGUGGAUCUCAAAGCAUUUGGAAACAGUAUACAAGCUCUGCAGGAUCAGGCAGAAGCCUGUCAGCAACAACAGGCUGCACCAGUGGAGGAAGCUGGUCGAGAAGCGAGGGUUGUGGCUUUAUAUGAUUUCGAGGCCUGCAACCCCCUAGGAGUCACCAUGAAGAAAAAUGAUGUCUUAACCCUGAUUAGUUCCAUCAACAAGUGUGUUUUCUCCAUCUUUUACCCCACCUUUCUCAUUCUCUUGACUUCACCACCCAGGUACCACUCCCUCCUUAGUCGGGCAGAAGAACGAAGACGUCGUCUAUUGCAACGUUACAAUGAAUUUUUGCUGGCCUAUGAGGCAAGAGACAUGUUGGACUGGAUCCGAGACAAGAAGGCAGAAAACACUGGGGUCGAACUAGAUGAUGUUUGGGAGCUGCAGAAAAAAUUUGAUGAGUUCCAAACGGAUUUGAAGACUAGUGAGCCACGGCUGAGGGAUAUCAAUAAGGUGGCUGACGACCUGCUAUUUGAAGAUCUUCUAACACCAGAAGGAGCUCAAAUCCGGCAGGAGCUGAAUGCCCGCUGGGGCUCCCUGCAGAGACUGGCAGAGGAACAGCGCCAACUGCUGGGCAGUGCCCAUGCUGUCGAGAUGUUUCACAGAGAAGCAGAUGACACAAAGGAGCAGAUUGAGGACAAGCGCCAGGCCCUUAGUGCCGCUGACCCUGGCAAGGACUUGUUCAGUGUUCAGGCCCUUCAGCGCCAGCAUGAGGGCUUCGAGCGAGACCUCAUGCCCUUGGGGGAAAAGGUGACCAUCUUGGGGGAAACAGCAGAGCGGCUCAGUGAAUCCCAUCCAGAUGCCACCGAGGACCUGCAGAGGCAGCGAAGAGAGCUGAAUGAGGCCUGGGAUGACCUGUGGGGGCGUUCAGAGGAUCGUAAGGAGAACUUAAAUGAGUCUCAGAAACUCUACCAGUUCCUCAGCAAGGCCAGGGAUCUACAGAAUUGGAUCAGUGCCAUGGAUGGGAUGGUAUCGUCACAGGAGCUGGCUCAGGACUUAACUGGCAUAGAGAUCUUGCGGGAACGACACAAGGAACAGCAUGCUGACAUGGAAGCUGAUGCUCCCACCUUUCAGGCCUUAGAGGACUCCGGUGCAGAACUUAUAGACAGUGGGCACCGUGAUAGCCUUAUAAUUGAAAAAAAGCUUCAAGAUGUCCGACAAGAGAGAGAUGAUUUGGAGAAAGCUUGGGAACAACGCAAGAAGAUGCUAGACCAAUGUCUGGAUUUGCAGCUGUUCCAAGGGAAAUGUGAUCAGGCUGAGAGCUGGAUGGUGGCACGUGAGAAUUUCCUGAGAUCAGAUGACAAGGACUCCUUAGACAAAAAUAGGUGCACAGAUAGAAAGGACGAUAAGAUCAAUUACCUAAAAGAUUUUGCUAAGAGGCUCAUAGAUGAUGACCACUACGCCAAGGAAGAGAUUGCUGCUCGGCUCCAACAGGUGGUAGACAGGUGGAAUGCUCUCAAAGCUCAGCUAAUUGCUGAGAAAAAGAAGCUUGGAGGCUAUGCUGACCUGAAACAAUUUAACCGUGACCUUGAGGAACUGGAAGAAUGGAUCAGUGAGAUGCUGCCCAUAGCCUGUGAUGAAUCCUACAAAGAUCCCACCAACAUUCAGAGGAAAUACUUGAAGCAUCAGGCCUUUGAAAGUGAGGUCAAUGGCCGAGCUGAGCAAGUGCAAGCAGUCAACAACCUGGGGAACUCCCUGAUUGAGCGAGGGGCAUGUGAUGGUGAUGAAGAGACCGUGAAGGAGCAACUGGAAAAGCUGAACGAACACUGGAACAACCUGCUUGAGAAAACAACCGACAAAGGGGAAAAGCUCAAUGAGGCCAGUCGUCAGCAGAGGUUCAACACAGGAAUCCGGGCUUUUGAAUUCUGGCUCUCAGAGGCAGAGACACUGCUAGCCAUGAAAGAUCAGGCCAGGGACUUGGCUUCCGCAGGCAACCUACUCAAGAAGCAUCAGCUAUUGGAAGCAGAGAUGUUGGCCCAAAAGGAUACGCUCGAGGACCUGAAUGAAUUGGCUACUGAGCUGCUCUCCAGUGUGACUUUCAAUGAGGACCAGAUUAUAAAGAAAAGGGAUAGUGUCAAUGAGCGCUUCCUGGACAUCCAGAAAUUGGCUGCUGCACACCAUGAAAAACUGAAAGAGACCUAUGCCUUGUUUCAGUUCUUCCAGAACUUAGAUGAUGAGGAAUCCUGGAUAAAGGAGAAGUUGAUACGAGUGAGCUCCCAAGACUAUGGGAGGGAUCUGCAGGGCGUUCAGAACUUACUGAAGAAACACAAACGCUUAGAAGGAGAACUGGUGGCACAUGAGCCUGCCAUCCAGAAUGUGCUGGAUAUGGCAGAGAACCUGGGAGACAAUGCUGAUGUGGGACAAGAGGAGAUCCAGGAGCGGCUGGCUCAGUUUGUUCAACACUGGGAGCAACUGAAAGAGUUGGCCAAGACUAGAGGGCUUCAGUUGAACAAGUCCCUAGAAUACUUGGAAUUCAUGGAGAAUGCUGAGGAGGAGGAAGCUUGGAUCAGUGAAAAGCAAGCUAUGGUUGCCCGAGGGGAUUCUGGAGACACCUUGGCUGCUACUGAGAGCUUGCUAAAGAAGCAUGAUGCCUUGGAUAUCGACUUUGGUGUCCAUGAGCUCCGAGUGCAAAAUGUGUGUGCUCAAGGAGAAGACAUUUUGAGUAAGGAGGAAAGUCAGCACAAGGAGAAGAUUUCUGCCAAGAUACAGGCUCUGAAUGAAAAAACCCCUAUUCUGGCCAAGGCAAUAGCUGUUUGGAAGUUGCAACUGGAGAAUGAUUAUGACUUUCAGCAGUUUAACUGGAAGGCUGAUGUGGUAGAGUCCUGGAUAGCUGAGAAGGAAACAAGCCUGAAGACCAAUGGCAAUGGUGCGGGCCUCGCUGACUUCCUUGCUCUCCUGACAAAGCAUGACACUCUGGCUGCUAGUCUGCAGAGCUUCCAGAAAGAGAGACUGUCUGAGAUUACUGACCUGAAGGACCAGCUGGUGGCAGCUCAGCACAGCCAGACCAAAGCCAUUGAGGAGCGCCAUGCUGCCCUGCUGAAACGCUGGGAACAGCUGCUGGAAGCCUCUGCAGCCCAUAGAGAGAAGCUGCUAAAGAAGCAGUUGCCCCUAGAGGAGGCCGAGAAUCUAUUCAUGGAUUUUGCACACAAAGCUUCACUUUUCAACAACUGGUGUGAGAAUGCCGAAGAGGACCUGUCUGAGCCAGUGCAUUGUGACAACCUGAGUGACAUUCGGCAGCUGCAGAAGGCCCAUGAGGACUUCUUGAACUCUUUGGAAAAACCUCAAGCUGACUUCAACCAUUUGCUGGAGCUAGACAAGCAGAUUAAGGCCUUAAAUGUGCCCUCUAGCCCUUAUACCUGGUUAACAAUGGAGACACUAGAAAGGGUCUGGAAGCACCUAUCUGAUGUCAUCAAGGAACGGGGACAGGAGCUGCAAAAGGAGGAAGCAAGACAAGUCAGUAACUUUGAGAUGUGCCAGGAGUUUGAACAGAAUGCCAGUGCCUUCCUGCAAUGGAUCCUGGAGACCAGGGCUUAUUUUCUGGAUGGAUCUUUGCUCAAAGAAACAGGAACUCUGGAAGCCCAAUUGGAAGCAAAUAAAAGGAAGCAGAAGGAGAUCCAAGCCAUGAAGCGUCAGCUGACCAAGAUUGAGGACCUGGGUGAAAAAAUGGAGGAGGCACUGAUCCUUGACAUGAAAUACAGCACCAUUGGACUGGCCCAGCAGUGGGACCAGCUCUACCAGCUUGGGAUGCGGAUGCAACACAACCUGGAGCAACAGAUCCAAGCCAGGGACACAACAGGUGUGAGUGAGGAGAGGCUAAAGGAGUUUAGCAGAAUCUUUAAACACGUUGAUGAAAACUCCACAGGGCGCUUGACUUACAAGGAGUUCCGGUCCUGCCUAAGAGGACUCAAUUACUACUUGCCUAUGGUGGAGGAGGAUGAACCUGAGCCCAUGUUUAAGAAGUUUCUGGAGGAUGUUGAUCCAGGGAGGAAGGGCUAUGUCUCAUUGGAGGACUACACUUCAUUCCUGAUCGACAAGGAGUCAGAGAACAUCAGGUCCAGUGAUGAAAUAGAGAGUGCCUUCCGUGCCCUGGCAGAGGGAAAGGAUUAUAUUACCAAGGAGAACAUGAAGGAGGCCCUAACUCCAGAACAAGUGUCAUUCUGUACCUCACGUAUGCAGCAAUAUGUGGACCCACAGGGUCGAAGCCACCGUGCUGGCUAUGACUAUGCUGACUUCACCCGUUCCCACUUUGGCAACUGAUAAACAGUUCCUCAUGGAUCAUAGAAAAUAUCGGUGUGGUGGAAAGUAUUGGGGAUGAAGGGGACAAGUAAGUGUAGAGGGAGGGAAGAUGGUAGUGUUGGUGUGUGUGUGUGCAUGCACGUGCGUGUGUGUGUGCUCAUUACAUUUAUUGCAGGACCUAAAAAAUUUCAAGCUUGGGAGACAUAAGGGGUUCAAAGAGUUGGAGGAGAGGAGGCUCUGGGCUUAUUUAGUAUAUAAUUAGUCAUUGCUGAGGAGUGCCAAGUCUUUAUUUU